AAGGCUCGCAAGCAAUUGACAACAUGGCGCCGAAAAAAGCAUGCCCCAAUGCAUUUAUGAUUUUCACAAUGGAAUGGAAAGCCAAACAUGGAAGACACUUAACAAACUUAAGUAUGGCAACUGCUGAAGCGGGAAAAAUUUGGGAAAAUAUGAGUGCGCAAGAAAGGGGGCCGUAUAAGGAUAGAGCUAAAGCAGAAAAAUUGAGGAUGCGAAACGGUUGUGAAAAAUUGACUUGUGUCGGUAGGCCGAUAUCGGAAAUGCACCGACAAAAAUUGGAACUGGAACAAAAAGAGAAACAAAUCAAGCGUACAAUUGAGCAAACGGUUCGAAAUAGCAAAAAAAAUGGUGAAUUGGAGAAUACAUCCUAUUUUUUUAUUGCGGUUAAUUACUUCACCAAAACCUCGGAUGGCAGCGUUUACAUUCCCGCUGAAUUAUCAAUCUGUGAAUAUUCUUUGAAGCAAGGCGUUAUCCGCACUUUCCACACCUUUAUAAACCCCGGUGUUAAAAUGUACGGUCAUCAGCUUGAAGCUCAACGUCAUUCGGACGCAACCCACGGUUUACCUUUUCCACCAAACGCUAUGGGUGACAAAAAUUUGGGCAAUAUUUAUAAUGCGGUGUUGAAAUUCUUAAGCUCCAACGAUGACUUUCCUCCCUUGUACACGUCGCCGGGAUGUAUACACAUCGUGGAUUCGGUGCUAAACUUUUUAAAAUCUGACAUCGGCGCGAAUAACGCAACUUUAAGUGUUUAUUCUAUACAAUACCUGUUUUACGUGAUGAAAGAGGCGACAUGUGACCAGGGCGAGCUGGAAAAGCCAAAAACUUUUCACAUAACAGAUGCGUAUUUCGAAAGGGAUUACUUUGAAUAUCAAAGUGGGAUUGCAUGUCAGUUUCAUGAGGAUAAAGACAGGGGAAAAUAUUGUACACAAUCUUUAGUUAUAAGAUGGGGAUACAUGUUUUCAGAAUAUAUGUGUCAAGAUAUUGCUAUAUCGCUAAUACCGGGGAGGCAUGUACCGCGAAGUACCAACUUAAAAUUUAUUACAUCUAGAUCUUCGACAGAAUGCUGUGAAACCAAAUCCCUCGUCCCAUUCGCGACAACCAGCAAGUAUUCCUACGAAAACGCGGAAGCAAAACUGAAUCACGAUUAUCAGGAAACCGCAGUUUCCCUUCCUUAUGACACCAAACCAUCUUGGGAUAGUGAUUUCCCAACAGGAGUCCGUAAAAGAAUACCACUCGUAGCCGACGAAGACUCUGGCGCUUCCUCUUCGAGAAAAGAUAACUUCGGACAAUAUUAUGCUGUUUUGACAGAAGCAAGCCGCUCGUUCCCCUCUGAAGCGUCUCCCCCGGCCGACUCAAAUUUUAAGUUUCUCUCAAAUUGGCAAAAGGAUCAGGAUACCGAUGCUGGUAACUCCAUAUCGAACAUUAACAUAUUUAAUACCAAUUCAACUAGAUCUCGACAUGGACGUCUCACCUAAAUCUUGUACUGUUUAUAAUAGUUUUCAUAUUUUACUGUUCUGUCCACAAACUAUCUAUCUAUCUAUUUUUAUAUGUAAUAGACGACAGAAGACACAUAUGUAUCUGAUAAAAAGGCAGUAAUUUGCAUGGAUUUUCAAAAAGUACGAAGAAUUGCUCAAUGACCUUGAGAAAGUGCAUACAUUCACUAGGGAAGCAACACAAAAUGUAAAACAUUAUAUAUACAUAUAUAU